UAUUGAGCACUUGGUGAAGGCACUGUUCUGAGUGCUGUCUGUGUCUUAACACAACAGAUACUGAGCAUCAGGCAUUGCUGGGUGCUGGGAAUCAGCAGUGAGCAAGAGAGAUAAGGACCUGUCCUCAUGCAGCUGGCAGACUAGUGGGGGAGACAGUGAGAGGAAGGAAGGGAGAAAGGGAGGGAGGGAGCAAAGGAAGGAAAGAAGGAAGGGAAGAAAGAAAGAAGGGAGAGAGAGGGGAGGAGAGAAGGGAGGAAGAAAGGAAGGAGGAAGGAAAGAAGGAGGAAGGAAGGAAGGAAAAUGUUGAGGAGCAUAGAGUGACACCUCAGUUGCAAUGAGCACACCUAGGCCCUACAUCUUGGUUUCUAAACACCAUUUUCAAAUAAAAGGAACCAGGACUCCUUGGAGAAAUGGCUGAUUCCAGGGCUGGGGUAAGGAAAGUACAAAAUGAGCCUGGAAGGUCUUCUGGUGCCAGAAAAUGAGGAAGUGCUCAAAAAAAAAAAAAAAAUGACAAGGGCGUGUAGAAAAGACACAAGAGCUAAGUUGAAGGAGCUCCCAAUGGUCAAAUCAGGGACAAUUUGAGCAAGAAAAUAAUGAUAGCAAUGGUUUAUAACCUAUAAAAUAAAUAUCCCUGAGUUCAUACUAACACAAAUAACAGUUGAAUAAAGAGAUAAAUGGAGAGAAGGGACAGUGCUUCCUUAUAGCACAAUUCACAAUAAAUUCAGAAAGAAUGAUGAACUAGAGAAUGACCAUUUGGAAAACACCACAGUAAUAACUGCUGUAGGCAAGAAUUGUCAAUGGUCAUCAAAAGAUGCUAAAACUAGUGAGGGGGAAAUUAUAAUGAAAAACAAGAUAUUUGCCAUAUCUGUAAGUAUAUCCCCAUAAGGUAAUUAUUAAUUACAAAGAGAAAAGUAGUAAUUCAACAGUGGAGUUACCUGGCAGACAACUCCUUAAACAAGAGAUCAAAGUUAACAUCACCAGUAUUGGGACAAAUUGACAUCGUGUGCCCCCUGACACGAUGCACUGAGAAGGACACAACAUCGCUGCUAUGGUAUUCGUACCGAAACUGAAUUUAAUCAUGAGGAAACAUCAAACAAUCCAAAAUUGAGGAACACACUACAAAAUAACUGGCUGGUACUCUUCAAAAGUGUCAAGGUCAUGAAAGACAGGGACCAAAAAAGUGUCGCCAUUUAAAGGAGACUAAGGAGAUGUGACAACUAAAUGUGAUGUGCUGUCUGGAUCGGGUCCUGGACCAGAAAGGAGACAUCAAAGGGAUAAUUGGUGAAACUUGCAUAAAGGUGGCAGAUUAGUUAAUAACAUUGUAUCAAUGUUAAUUUCCUAGCUUUGAUCCUUGUACUACCUCUCUGCAAGGUUAACCUCUGGGGAAACUGGAUGAAGGGUAUUCUAGAACUCUUUCUACUGCUUUGGCAACAUUUUUUAAGUCUGAAGUUGUUUCAAAUUGAAAAGUCAAAAAGUAAACAGAAAUAAAAAACAGAAAGCAGGUAAAUAAUCGCCAGACGUGAUGAGUGCUCCACGGGAGACUCAGCAGAAUGGAACGUUCGAUGUCAGCCUGCCGGGAAAUGCCGUUUAUGCUGAGACUUCGAUGCAGAUCGAAAGCCCAGCACAAAGCAGGGGGAAGAGCGGCGCUCUGGCUGAGGAACCACACGUGCAAGGGCCCCGAGGCCGGAAAGGGUUUGCCUGUUGGUCCCUAGGAACACACAAUAGAGAGUACAGUGGGAUCUCAUGGAUGAUGCUGGAAGGAUGGGAAGACGGCCAGUUUUGAAGGGCCUCGUAGAUCUUAAGGAAAUGUGUGGGUGUUACUCCAAGUGCACUGGGAAGCCAUAGGAAGUUUUUGGCUAUCAUGUAAAUUUCCUUUGAGACACUUAUGAUGCUUUGAAACCAUAGUCCGUCGUGGGGCUAUUUGAUGAAUGCCAGCCUCUCCAAGAGAACAGAAACUCUGGCCAUCACGUGCAGGCUUAUAAAGGCACAUAACAGCCAUUCAGUGUUUGUGUGGGGGUGAAGGGAUGAAGGAACAAAGCUUAGGCUGCUGGAGGACCCAGACUUUGGAUGGCCCCUGGUAUCUGCUGUGAGUUGAAUCGUGUCCUCAAAAAGAUGUUUAAACCCUAACGUCUGGUACAUGUGACUGGGACCUUAUUUGGAAAUCAGGUCUUUGCAGAUGUAAUCAAGUUGGGACGAGGUCAUAUUGGAAUGGGGUGGGCCCUCAUCCAGUGACUGGUGUCUUUACAAGAGAAGGGAGAGGGACAUUUGGAUACAGAGAUGCAGAUGCAAAGAGAAGACGGCCGUGUGAAGACAGAGGCAGGGGCGGGAGUGAGGCAUCUACCAGCCAAGGAACGCCUGGAGCCCUCAGAAGCCAGAAGAGGCAGGAGGGACCCUCCCCUCGAGCCUCGACAGAGCCUUGAUUUCAGCCUUCUGGUCUCCAGACUGUGAGAGAAUGGAGUCCUGUUGUUGUAAGUCUCCGGGUUGGUGGUGCCUCGUCGUGGCAGCCCCAGGACAUGCAGCCACCCUGCCUCUGCAUUCCCGACGUGAAUUGACGGGUGACCUCAGUCUCUCCCUCUUCUUUCUGCGCACCCUCCUCGGGCUAUUUACCACGCCCGCGAGUCCCUUAUACAUUUCCUUAUGAAAUGUUCUUUACUUAAGGUAUUGCUUAAUAUUUUAAAAUCAAGUUCAGACCAACCCCCUUUUAAAACUCAGUCUCGUUCUCGGCACUGUGAGCUGUGAAAACACAAAUUUGCUACAGUAACUGAGGCAGCUUUUCAAGCUUUUCAACACCCUCUACCAUCAAUGCAUAAUCAUUGGCGUAAGAAAUGCUCACCGUUGCACCUAAAAUCACCUGGCACACCUCCCAGAACCUCGGAACAAGCCAAUUAGGAGAGGAAAACCAGGUGCUUUUCUGGUGCUUUUCGUCCCCAAAAGAAAGGUGUCUGAAGACCGGAUAUUCCUCCAUCUGCUCCGGCUACAAACCCUGCGUCUUCCUCCACUCCCCUCCCCUCUGCAUUCACACCUGUGCUUUUUGUGAGGAAAACAAGGGUCGUGGACCUGGGUGUGAAACUUCUCUAAGCCUCCAUUUUCAUCUGUAAAAUGAGGAUAAACACGUCACCUAGUAGAAGUGUUGUGAAGAGUAGAUAAGAAAAGGGCGCAUAUUUUUUUAUUCCAUUUAUGUGAAAUAUCCAGAAUAGGCAAAUCCCUAGAGACAGAGCAGAUUAGUGGGUGCCAGGCUGUAGGAGGAGGGCGGAAUGGAGAGUGACAGCUUGUGCUAUGGGCUUUCCUUUUAGGGGUGAUGAAAAUGUUCCAGAAUUAGAGAGUAGUGAUGGGUGCACAGCAUGGUGAAUGUCCUAAAUGCCACUGAAUUUUACUCAUAUACUUUAAAAUGGUUAAAACGGUGAAUUUUUUGUUAGGUAUAUUUCAGCAAAAUUUACUUUUUAAUUGGAUAAGCAGCGUCCGCCUGGGGUAGAAUGACAUUGGCCAAGCCUCUGCACCCCUCUGAGCCUCGGUUUCCUCAUCUGCAAAAUGGGGCUGUUGAGAGAACCUACGUCAUGGCAGGUUUGCAGAUUGCACCUGUCGGUCUAUAGGAAUGGCCAGCACGUGGCAGCACUCCUUCAGGGGCCAACGGGCUGCCUCCCCUAGGCUCGCAGGGAGGCCUCACGGCCAUGAUGGAGACAGAGCAGCUGCUCUCUAGACAAUCUCAGCCAAGUGCCCACGCUCAGGAGAGGCCUAGCAGAUGUCCUUUCCCCCUUAAGGCCCCAGGCAGGUUCUAUAUGGUGUCUGCUGUGUGGCCCGUUCCUGGCAUUCUGACCCACGUAACACAUCAGGCUGGGGCAGAUCAUAUUCUGAACCCGUCUUAAAGCCUCGUCUGGGCAGUUGGGCGCUCUGGAUUUAAUUCUGCAGGUAAUUUGAACGAUGGUUUCUAAUUUCAAAAGUCCUUGCUCUCAUGAGUGCAAAAGCAGCAUAAUUUUUAAUUAGUGGGUAAACAGGAAAUAAUGGAUGGCGGUACGUGGACACCACUGUUAAUUAAAAGUCCGUGGUUGAUAAAAAUCCAUUUGGCCCAUGCCCUUAACUCAGUCUGUCAGGUCCCUGUGCAAAGUCCUGCGGCUCGGGCCCCAGCAGCAUCUGCUUUCAGUCGUUACUCCUUUAGUUAAGACUUUUCUAGGGAAGAAAAAAGGGAGGAGGAGAAAAGAAACUGAAAAAGCUCCCUCAAAAGCUGCAACUGAAAAAGACUUCCUGCAUCCAUUUAUAACUGGUUAAUUUAAUUUUUGCUGCCUUGAAGUGGAAGUUUCACCAAUGGCCGAGAGGCGACGUGACCUCCGCUCCGGUGUGUUCACAGAGGUCUCCCGUUGUGUUUUGUGUUCUGUGCUUAGUGUGUGCAUGUUCUGAAUCCAGUGAGAUUCCACCGUGUCUCCAAGUCUCCUGACUCAAUUAAAUCCUAAUUUCGCACCGAAAAACAAGGCAAACCAAAACACAGGUAGCGGAAACACACUACCUGAGGAUUUGUGACGAAAUACAACGUGGCCAGCCGUCUCCUCUUGGUGCCUUCAGAGAGAGCACAGGGGACAGGCUUGUUUUCCUUGGAACAGGAAACAUUUCCUCCAGGAGCCGAGCUGUGUGCAAACGAUGCCAUUAUCAUUUUCCAGCCGCUCGCGAUUUCGCUCUGAGAUGGAAGCUUGGUUUUCUGAACGGGCAAAUCACGUCGACCUCCUGUGGUCCUUUUCCUCUCUUUCCUUCCAUCCAUCCUCCAAAUCAACACUUCCCCACAGGUUUUGUGGACACCGGUGAUGUGCAAAUUAACCUGCAGACCUGAAUGCAGGGCACCCAGUGUCUCCUGAGGAGUUGACUGCAGGAGCAUGAGAAGGUGUGAGGUGUAGACCCUGCUGUGCAGUGGGGGACCCCAGGCCUCCCCAGGCCCUCUCUGGCCCCGCUGCCUUUCCUGAACCCGAGGGGGAGAUGUGAAUGUCCAAUGGGGGAGGGGACAGGAUAUAUCAUUCAUUCACUCCUCCACUCAGCCCGAAAGCCUUCCUGGGGCCUCCUGGACCCCCAGGGCCUGUCCCUCUGUGCUGGCCAACAUCUCCAGCAGGCCCCUGGCGCCCCCUGACCCACUUCGGCCACAGGCUAGGUGGGAAGGAGUGCCGUUGGAAAGCCCUGUUGCAGGAGCUGGGCCAGCGGGUCGAGGCCGGCCGCCCCCUGAGCAUAGCUCGUUGCUGUAAUAUUUGGAUGCUGCUCGCUGCCAAGCUUCCCACAACAUCUCGCCAUCUGGGCUGCAUCAAGCCCGACCCUCUGAGUGGAGAUGACGGUUUCUGGGGGAAUUGCUGCUCUUUCGCAGCUGAAGCCCUGGUCCUCUCGCCCCUGAGCAGCCCCUAGAAGAGAUUCUGUCUGAACAGUCCCAUGGCCGGGCCUGGCUUGUCUCCACAAGAUGCGCACAUCUGGGGUCACUCAGGAGGGCCUGGGGCCCUGGGCCCUGCCCUGCUGCUCACAGGCAUCCUCCCUGAGGCCUCCGAUUCCUCUCCCGGCCCCACUGUUGGCCUCGUGCCUCAGCCUGGACACCCACCACACACUUAGUGAGCACCCGCUAUGUGCCAGGUGCCGGCCGGGGUCCCACGGAUGUGCAGAUGGACAACACAAGGGCCUGGCACCGAGGAGGGACUGUGAAGUAAGUGGCCUCGAGGGGCAGGCGCAGGUCUGGCCUGCUCCAUGUGGCAGGUCAAACAGAACCCAGACUCCUCAGUGGAGUGAGGUGGAAGCCCUGCCCCCAUCUCCUCCGUCUGAGUCUCUAGUGCUCCUGGGCUGGGAGCACAGGGGCCCUCAGCUCCCGCCCGGUGGUGGUCAGACACGGCAGGCAAGUCUGCAAAGGGCCAGCCUUCCAGGAGUCUGGCUCGGCACAGUAAUUCUUGGAGGCUUCCUGCCUGGGAAUCUGGCAUCCUCUGCCUGGAGGAGCCUUGAACUCCGUGGGAAUCAUACGAUACGUACAUCUGGGAAUCCGGGAGGAGAUGAGUCUGGAGGCUGAUUCUAGGCGCCCCGAGGUGGGGAGCCCAUCACUGUCUCUGGGGGGGCCUGGGUGCCCUGGGGAGGGACCGAGGUGGAGGUGGAGGUGGGGACAGACCUCUGCCUGGCUCUCUGCUGCCUCCUGGGCAGUGGCCCGGGGUGGGCUGGGCGGGCCGGCAGGUGGAGUGUCAGGCGUGUGCCAGGAUCACUAACCAGGUCUGUUUGCUUUGCAGCCCGCACCGCAGAGGUGGCUGGGAUGGCAAGGGGUGGCCACUUGCCCUGGGAACCGUCCUGCCAGCAGCCCCUGCCCCACACUGCGCUACUGCCCCCACGCCUUGAAGGGCCCUGGGUCUCCACUGGCUGCGAGGUGCGCCCGGGCCCGGAGUUCCUCACGCGCUUCUACACCUUCUCGGCCACGCGCCUCUUCCGCGCCUACCAGUUCUACUACUGGGACCCGUCGUGCCGCCAGCCCGCCCUCUCCCUGCUCAUCAAGGGCAGCCUGCGCCUGCGCCGGGCCUCCUGGGUCACCCGAGGCGCCACCGAGGCCGACUACCGGCUGCACAAGGUGGGCGUCGUCUUCCACAGCCGCCGCGCCCUGCUCCGCGUCACCGGGCGCCUCGACCGCAGCCGGGCCGGCCGGGCCUGCGCGCGGCAGCUGCCCCCCGCGCGGUCCUGGCUGCCCGGGGCCCUGUACGAGCUGCUGAGCGCGCGGGCCGGCCGGGACUGCACGGCCGCGCUGGGCUUCACCAUGCACGAGCUCAGCCUGGUCCGCGUGCAGCGCCGCCUGCAGCCGCAGCCCCGGGCCGGGCCCCAGCUCGUGGAGGAGCUGUACCUGGGGGACAUCCACACCGACCGGGCGGAGAGGCGGCACUACCGGCCCACUGGCUACCAGCGCCCGCUGCAGAGCGCCCUGCACCACGCUCGGCCCUGCCCGGCCUGCGUCCUCAUCGCGCGCUCGGACGAGCACCACCCGCCCGUGCUGCCCCCGCGGCCGGCGCUGCGCCUGCGCCUGCGCCUGCGGGGCCGCUGGGUGAGCGCCGGCUGCGAGGUGCGCCCCGCCGUGCUGUUCCUCACCAGGCGCUUCACCUUCCACGGGCACAACCGCUCCUGGGAAGGGUACUACCACCACUUCUCCGACCCGGCCUGCCGGCAGCCCACCUUCACCGUCUACGCAGCCGGCCGCUACACCAGGGGCACGCCGUCCGCCAAGGUCCGCGGCGGCACCGACCUGGUCUUCCAGGUCACACGGGCCCACGUGACGCCCAUGGACCAGGUCACCACGGCCAUGCUCAACUUCUCCGAGCCGAGCAGCUGCGGGGGCCCCGGGGCCUGGUCCCUGGGAACCGAGCGGGAUGUCACGGCCACCAACGGGUGCCUGCCGCUGGGCAUCAGACUCCCCCACGUGGAGUAUGAGCUUUUCAAGAUGGAGCAAGACCCCCUCGGGCAAAGCCUGCUUUUCAUCGGACAAAGGCCCACAGAUGGGUCGAGUCCCGACACCCCCGAGAAGCGCCCCACGUCCUACCAGGCGCCCCUGGUUCUCUGUGACGGGGUGGCCCCAGACUUCUCCAGGCCCCAGCCUCACAGGCCUCUGCUGCAGAAGCCUCUGGGCGGUGGGGGGCCGUGUCCUCAAGGGGUCCCUCUUCACUCUCUGCUCCUAGUUGUGGGGCUGGUCUUUCUCCAGUGGUUAUGAAAUGGGUCCACUUCCAGAGGCUCCUCGGGCGUCCAUCUGACUCUGCAGACUGCCCCGCACGGCCCCUCCGUCCACCCGUGAGGAGGGGCCAGUCCUCUCCCCCUUCUCUGUCAUGGACACUACAUGGCCCAGCUGCUGCCAGCUCAGCCUGCAUCCCCGGGGCUCGGCACCUGAGUUCAGCAGCGCCUGCAAAGUCUAGACUACGGCCGGCGACCGAGCCCUGCCCAUGGGUGGCGAGGCAGUAGCCAUUGCUGCGAGUUUCUAAACGCUCACUCCCGGAGUCCGUGGGCAGUUGAGGACCAGUGGCGGGAGCCGACCGCACCGGGCCUCCCCGCCCAGUGGCACCCCCUUCUCUCCCUGCGCCCCUGGGAUUGAGUGAGAUGGGGGUGAAGUUCCGCCUGGGGAUACCGCUACUGCUCUGCCAUGUCUGUGUUGUUAUUUAAAGAUUAUUAAUUCUAAUUUAGCAAUACAAACUCAAACUGGAGCCAUGAAUUAAAGAUGCUGCUUCGGGCUUUCCAUCGUCCUCAGCCGUCUGGCAGAGGGCUCAUCUCUUUGGGGGCCACUCGCUUUCUUGAGCUUUCACUGCUGGCAUUUGUCUGCAGCUGCCUGUGCUUCUGCGAGUCAGGCCUCAAGCUGUCAACACCGCGCACGGUAAGCCAGCCCCGCCGGGCCGGCAUGCCAGCGAAGGCGGCUCAUCCGGGCAAGACCCGUGGCCCCCUCGCCCACACCAGGCUCCAGCAGGCGCGGGGUGGCCGCCAGGGGUGGGUCUUUGGAGGAAAGCCGCGUUUCCAGCCUUUGGAAAGUAAUUAAUACUAAUGAUGGUGGUAACACCAGCAUGCUGUGUAAUUAGCCCUGCACAGGCGUCCUCCGUCUGCAGGAUUCCCUGUGCCUGCCUGACAAGGAGGGAGAGAGACCUCCGACUGUCUUUGGGACCACCCUAGGGAGAGGUCAGGGUCACCAGCCUACACGGCGACAUCUGGAGGAGGCGGCAGCCCGUUGCGAGGAUGCCGAUGGCCUCCUCUGCUCAGAGAGGCUGUCAUCGAGGUGGGGACAGGCCACGCCAAUUCAGAGCCCCUGCCUGUGUUCCCAGGACCUCAUCCGGACGCUGCAAAAUUGACUGGCAUCCUGGUGAGCCUAAGGGCCUCCGGACUCUGUGCUGCCCAGCGCCCCUCCGUCCUCUCCCCACCUCUCUCUGGCUCUUAUCACAGAUCCUGAACCACACCUGCCUCCAAGGCUAAUGAGGUUUUCAGAGGGAAGCCCUCGUCCUCCGUUAGAUUGUGUGGGGUUCAGUCAGCUGCUGAAAUUGCUCUAACUUAUGUAACCAUUCUUUAAAAAACAAAAAACAAAAAACAAAAAAAACCCACCCAGUUAAUAUUCUCUGUAGCUCUCAGAGAGCUAUGAGAGUUCCUGGCAUAUUUACCAAAGUACAAGAAAUAAUUAGAUUAUUUAUGGGCUCAGACUGCGUCGGGGUUGGGGGUUCCUGGUGGGGAUGAGGGUGGGUGGCAAUAACGUGUCCACAGCUGAGCAAGUCUUGUAUCUGAGGCUUGAAGCAACCAUGCCAUCGUUAACCAUCAAAUUUGAAUCUUUUAAUAAAAUUAAACAGCCUGAAAAA